UGUUAAUGAUCUCAGCCCAGGUUCAUCAACUUCCAACUCCAGAGUCAUGCCACAGGCUCAGUCCUCUUCCUCACAGCAGGCACAGUUGCAGCAACAACAAUCCCAACAACCUCUACCACAACAGCAACGCCAGGAUUCAGGUGUCGAGAGACUGCAACCGUCCAUGGCACAGCUGGCACUUACUCCUCGCUCCCCUGAUGCACUUCCCCUACGGCACCAUGCUCAUACUGCAUUUACACCAUUGCCCUUUCACCGUGUCCGCGGUCGCAAUGUGCGUAUGAACAAUGACCGCACAGUUGCUGCACGCACUGAAACUGAAUAUUCACAUGGUUAUGUAUUUACAGCACGGCCUUUACGCCCUGGUGAGAAAUUGGUUGUGCAGAUUCUUCAAACUGAAGCCAUGUAUGUUGGUGCCCUUGCUUUUGGUUUAACAGCAGCAAACCCAGCUGGCCUUGAGUCUGCUGAUCUUCCAGAAGACUGUGACCUUUUGCUAGAUCGGCCUGAAUACUGGGUUGUGAGUAAGGAUGUAGCUGCUUCUCCUCAAGCUGGUGAUGAAUUAGCAUUUUCUCUGACUCAUCAUGGUGAAGUUACCUUCUCCCGCAAUGGUGCAAGCCCACAGAUAUUUAUGCAUGUGGACCACACACUCCAACUAUGGGCAUUCUUCGAUGUGUAUGGUAAUACUGCAAAGAUACGCAGCCUAGGGGUCACCCCCGAAUCUACAUCGCAGUCUUAUUCACAACAGAAUGCCUCCAACUCUCCUCCUCGUCGACCAGAACCAGUUGGACGUAUCUCUCACUCACAGUUGCCUCGUGCUUCACCUCUUGUUGUGAGUUUACCACCCAGUCCACCAUCCCCGCCUACUUCUCAUGGUCAUUCAACACCAGUGCCCCCUGUACCAAACCCUCGCACAGACACUUUAAGUGGACACAGUACUAUGUCUUCAGUGUACAGUGGAGCAUACAUGGAACCAGUUUCAGCAACAUCUACACUGUCAUCACUAGGAGAUCUUCCUAGUGGUCAAGCCUUGCAUGAGUGCACAGUUUGCUAUGAAAAACCAGUGGAUUCAGUUUUAUACAUGUGUGGUCACAUGUGCAUGUGUUAUGAGUGUGCAUUGCAACAGUGGCGUGGUCGGGGAGGCGGUCAGUGCCCUAUCUGUCGUGCAGUUAUCCGUGAUGUAAUCCGCACAUAUCGGUCAUGACGGGGCCCUGAUGAACUGUCCCUCCCUAAACCCUGCUCAUCAAUGCCUGUGGAUCACUCAUUUACAAACUGGUGUGUAGAAGGACCGUGAUACCUGCUCAUAUACCAAAGUUGGUUUUAAAUUGUUUUGCCUGGUGCCGGCCAGGGCUCCAUUUCUAGUCUCUGCCCUGCCACGCAUAUCUAGGUAUGCGCUGCGCCUGUGUAUUUGUGUCUAUAUGUUUCUUUUAUGUGGCGUGGGAAUAUCUGAGAUGCCCAAAUCUCAGUUCUAAGUCAGCUAAUUGUGCUAUUUGUAUAUAAAAGUGUGUAGACUAUGUCCUGGGGUAGAGUCAGUAAUCCCAGCCUCAGGCCAAUUGUAUAUAGCCUAAAAGUAAGUUAAGGGCCCUCUGCCCUGUUAUUUGUAAACCCUGUCAUUGUUUUUAUACUUGAAAACAUAUGAAUAAAUGGUUUUAUAUUCCUGCUUUCCAUAUUCAUUUAGGAUGCAAAAUCAUAUCAGUCAUAUCAUCAUCAGAGAAAAAAAUAAAAACUAAUUCUA